AUGAAUUAUAUAGCAGAAUUUAAGAGUUUAAAAAACUUUGAAAAGGCGAAAGUCAUUAAGUUCGUAUUAAUUGUCAUUUGUUAUGGACUGCAAUGCGUUUAAUAUACAGGUGUUCCUGUUAUUUUUUAUAGACCUAAAAAGAUUAUUAAUCCUGAUCCAAAUGGACCUCCUCUUUUUGAUAAUGAAUUCCCUAACAUUUAUAGUAUUCCUAUGGAGUAUGACUUGUAUGGCGAUGAUGAAAUAUGGGAAGUUUAUAUGCUUACAGCUGGCUACAUUGCUAAAUAUAUAGCUUAUGCAAUUUUAAUUUUAUAUCCAAUUAAAAAGAGUUAAUCUCACAAGUUUUUCUUUGCUCCAAUAUUAAUUAUAGGAGUGUCUUUGACCUUGCUUUAGAUCUAUUCAUCACCUUUAAUGCUUGUAUUUUCAUUCUUCUUUUAUUUUGGAGCAUCAUCUUACUUCUUUGGUUAAGUUUUCUCGUAUGUGCCUUCUCAUUUUACUGGAAAAAUAGUAGAUAAUCAUGUCAUAUUCCUGAACACUUUUUGGUCUAUAAUUAUGCUUUUACACAUUUUUUAUGAAUCAAUCUUUGGAGGGUGGAGAGAAAAUCUAAUCUAUUUUGCAGGAUUUCUCUAUUUAUCAAUAGGAAUAAUUUUCAUUUACUUAUAAAAGUACAUCGAUACAAAUGAAAAUAUGUAUUAAAGAUAAAUUUAGGAAGUGUCAAAUUAGUAGAGCUAGAUUAACAAAUUUGAACAAUCUUAAUAAUAAAUAGGUAAUACUAGUAAUGAUUAAAAUUAAUCUUAGACAGUAAAUUCCAACCAAGAAAAUUAAGCAAAUCAUAAUAAAUAAGAAUUGAAUGAGAAAUAAAAGCAAUAAUAAAAAGAAGAUUAGGAAAAUGAAGAAAGCUCAUUUUAAAUGUUAAAGAAGCUUUAUUCAGAAAUAUAUUAAAAUAAAGAUAUUAGAAAUAACAUCAUGAUUUGGGGUUUAUGUUGGAGUGCUUGCGGUGUCAGUUACAUAGGAUGUGUCUUAGCAUUAAACAGAUUGAAAGGAAAUAUCUUCUUCAAUAUGUUUAUUUCUACCUUAUUUGAAUUAGCAGGAAAUAUUAUUUCAAUUUACUGCAUUAAGAACUUCAGAAUUAAAAAUAUUAUAGUCAAUAAUCUCUAUAUUAUUGGUAUAUCAUAUGUAUCUUUUCUCUUUUUCAACACAGGUUCCUUUAAAAAUAAUGAGGAAGACACUUUACUAGAUAUUAUAAUUUCUAUCUUUCCAGUUAUUGUAGCAAAGGCUACUCAUGAAACUAUGUGGAACUUGCUCCUAGAAGUUCAAAAGUAAAUUAUGGAUAUUAAAUACCAUUAAUUUAGUUUCUCAUUCGGAAAUGUAUUUGAUAUUAUCAUUCACAGUAGUUUACCUUAUUAUCAAUACACUAUGGAAAAAAUAGGAUUUAACCAAUUCAUAGGAUAUGGAUUCUAUUCUCUACUUGCUGGUUUUUGCAGUAGUAAAUUUAAAAUUCUUCCAGAAUAUGAGGAAUAAGAAUCGAAAAAAGAUUUAGCAAAAGAAAUAGAAAAAAAUAUUAAUGAAGAUGUAGAGUUAUAAACUUUAACUAAACAGCUAAUUGAAAAAAUCUGA